AUGCAGGAAAAUUUUAAUCACUGCAAGUUCAACGUUGUUCUUUACGGUGAAAAAGAUGAGAAGAUUCUUCUGCCUGAAAUACGCAAGAUUAGCUCAAGCCAUAAUUUACUUGUCUUUUUGGUCAGUGAACAGAUACCGCCAAAUGAAAAACGGUUACACAUGUUCAAAGAUUUAGUUUACGGAGGUGGCGAUCCGUGGGGCGCAAUCACUCUCGUCACAACAAAAAGACAGGCCGAAAAUCUGGGACUAGCUACAUUCAGCCUCAGCACAACGGAUACCGUGUCAAAAGAUAAUUGGGAAGUAACCGGUGAAGCCAUGCAGAAGUGGCUUGACGACCAGGCCAUCCUCGCUUCAGGCACCCGAGAUCCCAGCGCCCUGCAUGUCCAACCCAAGCACCCGGCCCCACGUCCUGCACCAAGGCAAAGAUCCUCAUCCAAACACACCAGUCGUCGGCGCGACAGGGCGGGCUCCAAAACGCAUAGCCAGCGCUCGAAUAGCAGGGACAAAGCAAAGGACUUUCAACACAAAGAACAACCAGAUGACGUUGAAACAUUUGUGAUCGAUGUACAGAGGUGCCACGAGUCACUCUCGAUGACAGACACGGUCCGAAUCUGGCCUGAGGCAACUCUAACACAGAGCCCCGAAUUAAUUCCCCAGGUCGCGAUUCUCGCUGUCGCAGUGGCGAUAGCCCGGGCAAAACACAAACGUUUCGGUGUGGUCUUUUGCAUUCCCUACGGUGGACAUGGCGACGAGGAGGGCCUGGAAUACUGCUUUCAAGACGUCGACCUAGAUGACAUCCUCUCCUACUCCGACCUCUACCGACACGCCAUUCGCGAGAACGACGACGUCCUCGUGCCAGCGGCCCUGCUCGAACCCCGGAAGGAUGAGUCGAAGGCCGACCAACCAGCGCUGGAUCCGCCCUACGCCGGACAGCCCUACGUCCUCGCGGUGGUCCACAAGGGAUGCGAGCCACGCUCAAGUCGGGGAGCGAUUUCACCGACCAGAAAGACCUCCUCAUUGACGGUGAAGGUGGCUGGCGUCAGCCGACCCCGACUCUGCGAGAUCCCGCUCGGCUGCGCGCUGUGGAUCUCAGCCAAGCAGGCGCAGGCCCUCUACAACCAGGGCUGGCAUUUUUUCGAGUCGAAACGCGAGUCUCGCGACGCCAGUCCCUUCCGCGAGGAAAAGGACUCGCUGUGCAUGCACGGCGCACCGAAUUCGCCAAGUCGGCGGACAGAGGUCGGCGAAGACGACUGUCAGCAGUCCUGUAAGAGCCUCAACCUUUUACGUAAGUCAGACGCACUGACCAAGCUCUGUGAUGCCUUAAAGAUUGGUACUGAAAGCAACACUUCGGAUGGAUUUUCAGUCAACGAAAAGCGUUCCCAGAGCUCGAGUCAGCCUUCCGGUCGUUGCAGCACCACGAAUCGGCGACCCAAGUGGCAGUACUGGGGUCGAGCCCAAAUCCCCGACUUGCUAGACCCACCCAGCCAUGAACCCUACAUACCUAUGCGUGUGUUUGGGCCCACUGCUCUGGCCAAUUCCCAGCCUGGAAGUGAAUGGCCAGCGACGCACUUCGCUAUUGUGAACCGCUCACUGGACAACUUAACUUCCCAAAACGACUCAACACGAGUGUACGAGGCCUUGCGGCAAGUUCCAAACCAGCCUUUGGCGGCGAAAUCAGCAGACCUCUUCGUAACCCGGAGCCUGCAAGUGCCAAGCGACGAUGGUGACUUCGAUAACCCCCUCUACGGAUCUGUGGACUGCAAUGAGGACGGUCUGACGGGACUGUCACUGCGCGAGCUCUACCGUCGUCGAUUCCUCAAAACCCUCCGCGAGGCCAAGACCAACUCCGCCGGUGGCAACAACCGACGACGCUCCAUCACCAAGUCCGUCAAGAGUCAGUGA